CGGAGAGAGAGAGAGAGAGAGAGAGAAAAUUUGACAAGAGCAGGAAAAGGGAGGAGCGCAGACAGGAGACUCUCUGGCUUGUCUGUCUGUUGGGCACCUGGGACACUGUCAUUGUGCUUCUCGGUAUAGUAUUUUUUUCUCUCCUUCUCUGAACCAGCCGACCGGUCGGGAGUCCUUUUUCCCCCCCUCUCGGUGCCGUAUCAAUUAGGAACUGGGAUUGUUUCUGUGUAAUCUGCUCUGCUCUGGCUGAACCGUUAUAGACUGCGAAUGCUUCUUUGGUUUGUUCCUGCCCGCCUCUCGGCGUUCCGAUUCGGACCCUCCCCAAAGUGCAUCUGUUAGUGCGCCGCUGAGGAUAUAUCCUGUGUCCAACAAUACAACAUAGAGCAGCUGGGAUAUCAGACUAUAGAGGCGCGAGAGAGAGAGAGAGAGAGAGAGCAGCCGAGUGAGCAACAGAGAGAGGCAGAUACAGAGAGUGCGAGAGAGAUUGAAGCCGAGCAGCGAGGUAAGCUAUAGCGAGACGGCGUAGAUAGAAAAGUGAUCUUCAUAUCCUCCUCCCUUUUUCCUUGUUUUUCCUUUUUUCUCCUCUACUACACUCUCCUGUGCCAGCAAUUUGUUCGCAGGACUGCCUGGAACCACUGCCACCUGCUCAUCUUCCUCCUCCUCCUCUUCCUCCUCCACCUCUCUUGUCACGCGUUACUAUUCGACAGCCAGCCAGUGAGGGAAAGACAGGAGACGCAGACAGGGCACGCAGCAGCAGCGUCUGUUUUUUUUUCAAACUCUUGUGGGGAAUAUUUUUGAGGAACCCGAAUGAGCAUCCGCCGAGCUCUACUCCAGGAGAUUUAACUGAAAGGCGUCGUCGGGCAGGAACUACCCCCACAGAGGCGACCCCUCUCCCAGCCACUCUCUGUCAGACGAACCCUGCUUGCUCUCCGGAGGACCAGCAGUGAUUCAACACACCAGUGUGGACGGGGGAAAACAAGGGACCUACAGUCAGAGAGCCGAGCCCCAGUACUACUACCGCUCGUCCGACCGCCUCCGCGCAACCAUUCCCUGCCACGGCGCUAAGGAUUCCAGCUAUAUGGGCAAGCGAUUGGAACAGCAACCAAUGUACCCUCAGUACACAUACUACUACCCCCACUACCUCCAGACCAAGCAGCCCUAUGCUCCACCCCCUCACCCCAUGGCUCCGCCCAGCCCCAGCCAUAACAGCUGCAGUCAUGGUGGAUCCGAGCAGCUGAGUAAAACUAACCUGUACAUCCGAGGCCUGCCCCCGGGGACCACGGACCAGGAUCUCAUCAAGCUCUGCCAACCAUAUGGGAAAAUAGUGUCAACCAAGGCCAUUCUGGACAAGAACACCAACCAGUGCAAAGGAUAUGGCUUUGUGGACUUUGAUAGCCCGGCUGCAGCACAGAAGGCGGUGUCGUCUCUCAAAGCCACCGGGGUGCAGGCUCAAAUGGCCAAGCAACAGGAGCAGGACCCCACCAACCUGUACAUCUCCAACCUGCCGGUGUCCAUGGAUGAGCAGGAGCUGGAGAACAUGCUGAAGCCCUUCGGUCACGUCAUCUCCACGCGGAUACUGAGGGACGCCAACGGGGUCAGCAGAGGGGUCGGCUUCGCCAGGAUGGAGUCCACGGAGAAAUGUGAAGUGGUGAUACAGCAUUUCAAUGGGAAAUACCUGAAAACCCCACCAGGCAUUCCAGCCCCCAAUGAGCCUUUGCUGUGCAAAUUCGCAGACGGAGGGCAGAAGAAACGCCAGAGCCAGAGCAAGUACCCACAGAACGGGCGGCCGUGGCACAGGGAAGGCGAGACUGGUAUGCAGUUAACAUAUGAUCCUGCUGCUAUGCAGAAUGGGUUCUACACCUCGCCUUACAGUAUCGCCACCAACCGCAUGAUCGCACAGACGUCCAUCACGCCCUUCAUCGCUGCUUCCCCCGUCUCCACAUAUCAGGUCCAGAGUACGUCAUGGAUGCCUCAUCAACAAUACGUUAUGCAACCUACAGGUGCAGUGAUCACCCCAGCCAUGGACCACACCAUGUCCAUGCAGCCUGCCAACAUGAUGGGCCCGCUCUCCCAGCAGAUGAACCAUCUGUCCCUGGGCACUACAGGAAGUUACAUGACUGCUGCGGCUGCCGGGGCACCUAUGCAAGGGACCUACAUUCCUCAGUACACUCCUGUGCCUCAGACAGCCGUCCCCGUUGAAGGAGUGGUCACGGAUGCUUCUCCUCAGUCGGUGGCCCCCUCAUCGCAGGAUGUGAGUGGGCAGCAGCAGCAGAUCCAGGUGGAUGGCUCCAGUGACCUUGUUACUGCUUACUCAUACCAGUCCAAAUAGCGACCGGCGCGGAGAAUAUUCCUGUGACAGCGUUGCCUUGCAACAGAGGGGUUGGCUGCACUGAGAAUGCGGAGAGAAGAGGGAUUGCUUCCAGAUUGCCCAGGCACCAAAAAAUAGACACUUUUUUUCCAUUUCAUACCUGGAAGAGAGGAGGGGUGGGGGGGUGGGGGUGGAGUCGCUGGGCACAGUGCAAAGUGGUGAAAAUGUUUAGUCUGAGAACAUGCCUGGUGGACUGGGCUUGAGCUUGAGUUGGUUCUUCAAGAAAUUUCUCAACUGAAAAAAAAAAGUACAAAAAAAUACAAAAACUAAUUGAAAUGUUGAACGCGCAGGUAGGUGAUGAGGUUUAUUUUGUAAUUAGAAAAAGGGGAGUCAAAGUUUGAGAUACACAGAGAUUGUCUUCCUCAGAUAUUAAGCUACGAUUUCUUUUCACUCUUUUUUUUGGGAUUUCUCGUGUAAAAUUUUAGUUUUCUAGAUAUAUUCAAAACAACUGUUUUUCUUUCUUGAAUCUUCAUGGCCUUAAUUUUAAGGGUGUCAGAGGACUUUUUACAGAGAGUUAAGUCUGGCGUCUCGUUGAAAAUAAAAAGCGAACUAAAUCAGUCUCUUGGACCACUGUGAUGGUACAAGAUACUGCCGGAGUUGAGCUAGAGACAUAAAAAAAAGAAGAUCUAUCACAUAAACUGUACAGAUUUAAUAGAGAAGAGUUUUUUUCUGUUCUUCAUUAGAAGAAAACUUUGAUAAAUAAUUAUGUCAGAGGUAACUGAGUGUUAGAGAAAAAACGAAAUGUCUGCCGAGGAAAAGAGGGGGAGAAGAUAAGGCUUUGAAGAGAUUAUUCAGAAUUAGGAGGGAAAAAAGACACUGCGUUGUAGAAAAGGCAGUCUGUUGCAAAUGCUGAACUUGUUUUUUAUGGUCAUAAAUAUAUAAUUUUAUGGCAAGA